GCCACCAUCAUUUCAACCAAACACUCGAUAUUGCACCGUGGGAUGCCCCAGUAUUGAUUUCGACUAUUUCUACACCUUCGCCCCUAUGAUCUGACUCGUCGUGACGCUUGCGCCGUUCCCGAUGAAUCCACUGUGCGGUCCCGUUGACGUUUGAAGAACCCCACCACUGCAAUUAAGGGAUUAUGGACACGAGCCCAACAAGCACGUCGCCCGGCUAUGGGCUUUCGAAUCCGGGCGCGACCGCCCAGGCCCAGCUGAAUAGGACCUCCGCGCCAGUCUCUACCCCCCAGUCGACUGCGUCCCGGUCCUCGACAAAGGCCGGAGCUCGUCAAAUUACCCGAAAUCGCGCCAGCUACAGCUGUCAUACUUGUCGGAGGCGCAAAGUGAAAUGCGACAAGGUGCAUCCUAUUUGCGGAAAUUGUGUGAAGAACGGAACCGAGUGCAUCUACGAUGCUGCGCCACACAAAGACACCGGGUCGCGCCAUGGCCAAACAGCAGGUGGACACGGUAUCAAGCGACGGAGGGAGUCUUCGCGACCGCUGGACGAGGAUAUCGACGAUAUUGGCUCGCUUUACGGGCAUCUGAGGCAGGCUGGGUCUCCCGAGCAGAAGUACGGGUCGCAGGCGAUUGAAGCGCGGUUGGAUAAACUUACGUCGAUGAUUGAGCGGCUCAGCAAGUCCAACGGACCUUUGGAUGCGGAACAGCGGCUUUUGCUGGCUCAAAAUGUCAAUCUGGAAGCUGGGAAGGGUGAAGCUCGACUGGGGAAUGGCGCGCCCGUGAAGGCUGCGGGCGCGUCUCGUCCAGAUAGCCCCCGCCGUACGGAUUCGAGUGAUGAGUUUCCGAUUCCCGCUGGCCUUGCUACUGACUUGGUGGAUCCGGUGGGUAGCUUGAAUCUGGGUCAUCUGAGCUUGGAGGAUGGGGGUCGGUCGAGAUAUGUUGGGACAACCUACUGGGCUUAUAUAUCCCAUGAGAUCAAUGAGCUUAAUCAGUUACUCAAGUACCAGAGUCGCUCGCAUCAGGACAAUACGGCUAACGAAAGCUCUGCUGACGAAAACAUGACGGAUACGAUAGCGAAAACAGCAGGUAGUCCGUGGAAGGCAUCAAUUGAUAGCCCUGGUGGAGUCUCACGGGAUCGAGUAUGUGGUGAAGAAUUCCAGAAGUCGGUGCUUUUCCCUACGGGUGAUUCCCCAUCGGUGAAAGAGAAGCAUGUCGAACCAGAAAUGCUCGACCAUGUGCCGACGAAACGACAGAGUCAUAUUCUGUACAAAGGAUUCAUGUCUGGAAUACAUGCUAUCAGCCCAGUGAUUCAUCCCCCAACAAUCUUGAAGCUAUACAAUUCCUUCUGGGACUGGUACGAUUACAGCAGCUAUUCUGGGGAUCCUUGCCCGGACCCUUCGUUUAUUCCGCUGCUUUACGCUAUUUGGUACGGUGGGUCGGUUACAAUAUCGAUCCGGACCAUCAAGGCUGAAUUCAAUGUCUCUUCGCGAUCCGCACUUUCUAAAACUUUCAACGACGAGGUCACACGGUGGUUGACGAAGAUAUCGUUUCCGCGCAGCCCUUCGCUACAGGGUUUGGCUGCGUAUCUCCUGGUCCAAACGAUACUUUCAAAGGAGGAAGAGCCGUUAACCAGCAGUCUGUUCAUUAGUCUGGCCAUGAGAGUAGCACAGACGAUGGGCCUGCACCGAGAUCCUGCUAAAUUUGGGAUUAAACCCUAUGAAGCCGAGUAUCGGCGACGAAUAUGGUGGCAUAUCGUACAUAUGGAUGGCGUUGUUGCUAUGUCUAGCGGGCUACCUCCCUUGGUCAGCGAUGAGAACUACUGGGAUGUCCGUGAUGCCAGCGAGGUGAAAGACACACUUCUAGGGACACCAGAGGCUGAGAAAUACGAGGAACUGGUGGCAUCCGGUAUGCGGUCUCCUGACAAUCCGGAUGAUCCAACUUUGUGCGGUGGACCAUCUAUGGUCAACGUGUAUUACUUAUCAGCCAGGGGCAAAUAUGUCAUGGCCCGCGCCGUCCGUCGGAUAUUGAAGAUUCAACUGGGCACGAAACCCGUGACGCGCAGGGAUAUGGAGGAGCUCCGAUCAAUCCUCCUCGACCUGCAACUCAAACUCAAUUCUAUAAUCGAUCGGAUCCCAGAAAUUGAAAACUACCAGCUGUCUUCCAGCGCUAAUAACAGAUCGCUUUCGUUUUCGGUCUCUCCGGUAGAGAUGAGAACGAGCGACUUGGAACUUCCCGGAGAAGGACCCGGUCGUUGUACGGAACAAUAUCACUCUCCUGUUCUCGUGUCUUUUCAUAAAUGGGCCAGGAUCCUGCUCUCACUCUUUAUUGAUAAGGCGUUCUGUGUCGCCUACCAACCGUUCCUGAAGAACGCUAAGAGCCGUAUUUGGCCAGCGGCAAGACAUAGUGCUCUCCGCCAUUGCCACGGCUUUAUGGAGAAAUUCAUAUCCCUUGCCACCGACCCUGACUUUCAACCGUUUCAAUGGAGCUGGCCGGGGAACCACCAGCCAAUGCAUGCCGCUAUGAUCAUGCUAAUCGAUCUUUACGAACGGCCUUAUAGCCCCGAGGCACCCAAGUCAAGGGCAUUCAUCGACAAGAUCUUUUCACUCACCGGGCCAGAUGGCGGUGUUGUCGGCGGCGAGGACGGCAUCUCAGCCCAACGGCCACUGAAAGACGGCGGCCGCGAAGCAUGGGAUAUGAUUCGCAGGCUACGUCAGAAAGCGUGGCAGAAAGCCGGUCUGGAUCCACAUAAGCUAUGGACCGAGCAAGCACAGAUCCAAGCCGGUGCAGCAUCCGGACCGGACGAAUAUCCCUGCGCCUCCAAUCCAUAUUAUGCCAAUAGCGGCUCUACAGCGCCGACUCCCUCGAUGUCCACCAUGACGUCGCGACAACAACUCGCCGACUUCUCGAAGAUGUUCUACAACAUGACACGCUCGCACAUGCUCCCCAACCCGGUCUCCACCAUCCGACCCAGUCCCCUUCGAUACCAGGUACCCCAAACUUCUGCCCCAACUUCCAUCCCAGACACGCCCCCAAAUCUGCCGACGCCCCAGAUUCCCCAGUCACCCGCAGCCAAGGCCAAUGCGACGGUCGACACUCCUCCCCCUGCUUCCAUCAUCUCCUCUCCUGACCGCAUCAUCCCACCCCUGAGCGCCGCCAUCCCUCUUGCCUCCACUCCACCCCCGCCCUUGUCUUUCAUGGACCUGGCUUCGCCUAGCGCCCAGUCCAUGGCCGCCGGCCCAACGCCUCCCUCCAUGAUGGACCCGAACCUGAACUUCGACUGGGACCAGUGGGACGCGGUCUUCGGCCAGCACCUCCCCGUCGCCGACGAGCUCAUGGAACUAGAUCCCGUGGCUGGGUUCGAGUUUGGGGAUCUUGGCGGUGGCAUGGGUGGCGGGAGUCGGACGGCGAGUCUGGGGGGCAGUGAAACGGGAUUGGGCAGUAUUCCUGGCCCCGAUUGGGUUGGAUACUGUUGAUGCUCUAUUUGUUC